UCUCCUCUUGAUUGUGUAGCAUAAGUUUAAGAAUUUUGUUUUUACUUUUUGUGUGUCAAAUAUGAAUUCAUUAGAAAUGGAUGACCAACUUACAAUAAUUAAUCGGUCGAAGGAGCAUCGUGUCAACAAGCAACUAAUUCGUGGAAUACCUUAUUUUGAAAAGAUGUUGAGCCAUGGUUGUUUGGAAUCAAAGGAAAACAAAGUUGUAUUGGACUUGGAUGAAAACGCUUUUAAAUUGUUUCUUAUUUGGCUUGAAUUCGAUGGUAUCUUCAUCGAGAUGGAUAAUGUAAUAAAUCUGUGUAACAUAAGUGAUUAUUUUGGAAUGGAUCACUUGAUACAAGACUGUCUUGAAUAUUUUCGCAUAAGAUUUUCGAUUGAGCAUCUUCCACUUGUUAUACCUCAAGUCACUGAAACUUCCAUAUUGAUCAAUUCUGAUACUCUUAAUGCUUUCAUCUGUCGCCAUUUCUUGAAGAUAGCAAACACCGCUGUUUGGUUAAACUAUCCUGUUGAAACAAUAGAGUACAUUUGUACUUUGGAUCUGAUGAUUUAUUCAGAGAUGCAGGUCUUCGAGGCAAUCGCCAGUUGGGUCGAUUUUAAUGCUGAUUCUAGAAAGUGUCAUCUUGCAAGAUUGUUAAGAUUAGUUCGAUGGUGUCAUUUAAAAGAGAAAGAUUUAUUUAAAAUAAAGGAAAAUGGAACGUUCGAAUCAUCAGGUUUCGAGCCAAAAUCUUGCUUGCCUACCAAACAUAAUUGUGAUUGUAUCUCUGACAGAUCUCUUCAAAAUUGCUUUAUAAUUAUUGAAAAAUUGGAGGGUACAGAUUUGCGAAUCACAGUACUUGACAGUAAUUUUCUGUUCCUGUUUAAUCGAGAUAUGAAAUUGGACGAAUCAAUAUCACUGAAUCUGUUUCAUGAUGAACAUGUUUCUGAUAUUUUCUACCAUUCUGGAAGUAAAGCAAUUCGAAUUGAUUGGAAUCAAAAUAAAUAUCGUUUUUUCAAGGAUACUGAUUUCAGACUCUAUGUGUCUGGCACCUAUAAAAUUGUUGUGAAAAAUUGGAAAAAAUAUUGGAGGAAACCUCUUGGUUUCUGGCCUUUCUACAGAUGCACAAUACGUGACACAACUGAUUCAAGACUUAUUAAUACUCACGGCCAUGAGGAAUUUGAGUACUGGUUAUCAAAGCUAAUGCAAACUACCAAUGAAAUCAUGAAAAAUUCUAGACUUCAUCAUUGGUUGAUAAAACUUCGUGUAACUGUGCUGUCCAAUAAUAUCUUCAUCCUGACAAAUAAUCUUGAGUUUGGCAAGUUCAAUGUUCCCGACAAACAUUUCAAGAAGAUUGAGCUUCCGAAACUGGCAGAAGAAUAUGCAUUUAAAUACGAAAGUUUGUUUUUAACUUCAAGUGUAGAUGAUGCUGAUCGAGUUUUUUUGACUGAUAAAUCGACGAAAAAUGUCUUUUGUUUCAAUAUUACUAAUCAAGAAUGGAGUUUAAUCGGUCAUUUGUUACAAGAUUCUUGUGUUUAUCCAUACUCUAAGUGGAGUUCUGAUUAUAGUCGCGACGAAUCUAAUAAGUUGAUCACUUUGACCCCAGCUCUCCUACCGUUGCAAAUGAUUAUUACUUGCUUGAACCAUAACCUCAACUCGGUUCGUUGACACAAUUAACUUAUCAUUGUCCUUAACAAUACGUUAUUAAGACUGUAAAAAUAAACCAGUUCAAAUCGAUAACUUG